AGUGCGUAAAAGUCGUGCGUCAUUGUAGCGGCUCGGAAUCAAAAAGGAACUUCUUGGAUUAACUGAUUCCUUGUCGGAGUUUAUGAGGAGAUGCCGGCCUCAGCUGGAGCCCAGUUUCUGACUGACGGAUCCGUGGCACCCAAGAACUCUGUGCACCCGAGGCUCGACUGUGAGACACACCAACUCCUCUCUGACUGCGCGUCCAAUCAGCGGGAGCCCUGCAGAGCCUUUCUGUUGUAAUUGGAUGGAGAUGGGAGAGGAAUACGCAGUCUUGGCACAACGUAAACACAUGCUCGUCUCCUUCGCUGUGCAGAGGACGCACCGGAUAGGAGCAGCAGGGCUGAACGGAUCGAAGAGGCUUUCGAGGUUUUGUCAUUGUCAUCUAAUCUCCGCCAAAUAUCAGAGAAGCAAGCAGACAAGCAAGCGGUCUAACAGCUCCUCAGCCCUGGAUCAAAGAAGGUGCAUUUCCAUCGUUAGGAUUACGCACGGCGAAGCACCCGGGACAGAGAAAAGUUCUGAAACUAUCGUUUUGUUGCACAGGAAUGAGUGAAAAAGCGUGUUUUGUCACACAGGUUACAGCACGCACAAGCUGCUAUUUCACUAAAACUAUCAACAAAGCCUUUAUGGAUUGAUUUGCCACUUUUAAAAAAAAAAACUAAGCGCGCAAAAGAAAGUCGCUCAUGCUGAAAUAGACAAUUCUAUUCAUGGAUUAGAGCAAAAAAGUCGGACUUUAAUCAAGCAUCAGAAGAGAGAAAUACAUUUCAAGAUAUAUGCUUUGGGGAAUGGCAACAGCCACCUCUAGUCCAUACCUAGCCAGCAGCAGGAUUUUAUCCGGGCCGGUCCUUCACUCUGACCGGAGGGGAGGUGGCAUGCAGCCGGGCAGCACCGCUGUGACCACGGUGUCUAGUGGAUACAGAGGAGACCCUUCAGUCAAGAUGGUGCAGAGUGACUUCAUGCACGGAGCCAUGGUGGCGAGCAACGGGGGACACAUGCUAAGCCAUGCCCACCAGUGGGUGACAUCGUUGCCUCACGCAGCAGCCGCAGCAGCUGCAGCCGCGGCGGCAGCAGCAGAGGCCGGAUCCCCGUGGCCCCCCAGCUCCCAGCCGCAGGACGUCAAGAGAAACACCGGCAGGGAUGACCUCCACUCGGGUUCGGCUCUGCACCACAGGUCCCCACAUCUGGGACCUCAUCAGACGCACCCAGGAAGUUGGGGAGGCACGUCCGCGACGCACAUCAGCAUCACCGAGUCGCAGCAGCAGCAGCAGCAGUCCCUCAUCUACUCCCAGCCCGGAGGAUUUACAGUCAACGGGAUGCUGAGCUCCCACACCGGACAAAGCCUCAUGCACUCGGGGCUGGUGCGCGGGGAGUCCCCUGAGCUGGACCACAGCAGCCACCAUCAUCACCAUCACCACCACAGUCACCACACGCACCACCACCAGCACCCCGGGGUGGGCCACGAGUCGCACUCAGACGAGGACACCCCGACGUCCGACGACUUGGAGCAUUUCGCCAAACAGUUCAAACAGCGACGGAUCAAGCUCGGCUUCACGCAGGCAGACGUGGGCUUGGCUCUGGGCACCCUGUACGGCAACGUGUUCUCCCAGACCACCAUCUGCAGGUUCGAAGCGCUUCAGCUGAGCUUUAAGAACAUGUGCAAGCUGAAACCUCUGCUCAACAAAUGGCUGGAAGAGGCCGAUUCCACGACCGGGAGCCCCACCAGCAUCGAUAAGAUCGCCACGCAGGGCAGGAAGAGGAAAAAGCGCACGUCCAUCGAGGUGAGCGUAAAAGGCGCGUUGGAGAGCCACUUCCUGAAAUGUCCCAAACCCUCCGCGCAGGAGAUCAACUCUUUGGCGGACACUCUGCAGCUGGAGAAGGAGGUGGUCAGGGUCUGGUUCUGCAACCGGAGGCAGAAGGAGAAGCGCAUGACGCCGCCUGGACUCCCGCGCACCCCGGAGGACGCAUAUUCACAGGUGGGCAGCAUGGGACCUGACACACCGUCUCCUUCCAUAGAGUGCAAGAGGAUGUACAGCGACACGUGAAAACAACCAAAUGACGGACAUGAAAUUUGUGAAGCGUUUGAAUAGUUUUUUUUAGAGAACUAUUUCUCAGACUGACAAGAAUAUUUGGCGAACUUUUCUUCUCCAUGUGCGUAAUUCCACAGAAACCAUGUUAUCCAGUGAGCGUUCAUGUCAGAGCGGGAUAAAUGUCCAUUUACGCAUUGUUUGGGUAUUUUUUUCUGCAUUAAGAAACAAUCUCUGGAGCAAAAAUAUCUUCGAGCUUAUCCGAAUCUGAGCAGAAAACAAUUUAAAGUCUUUUUAAAAUUCCAACUAAACACUAAGAGGCUUCAAAGCCGAAACGUUCAAACAGAUUAAAGUUCUUUUCACAUCUCUGUACUGUAAAAAUAAAAGUUCCCUUGUAAUGCUGCAGAUUUGAUGUCCCUCAUACAUGCCAGACUGGGCUGUAACCUGUAAGUUUGUUUUUUCCUUUUUUGAAAAUGAAAGACUUUGAUUCCAUGCGCUUUAUUCAAGUUGUUUUAUAAUGAGCAAUAAUAAUUUAUCCUCCUUCAAAUAUGUUUCUCACUUUUGUGUUGUGUGUCGGUGGAUUUAUGUUGUGACUCAGUUUGAGAUGGUCAACAAGCGAUUUACAGUUAUUCCAAAAAUGUACUUUUCCUUUUAUAGGAGGCUUCUUCUUCUUCUGCUUCUUCUUUUUCUCAGAUUUAGCAAAACAUUCCCUUAAAUUUAUGUACAAGUCUGCUGUGUAUUCUUGUGUGAUGAUUUGGGCUAUUUAUUUUUUCCACUGUGUUUAUUUUCAUGGAAUAGACUAAUUAUUUAAUAAAUUUGACAUAAAAAAUUUGUGAUGACA